AUGCCUUCGAACGAUCCCUUUGUCGCCCACCAGCAGGCUGUCGUAGCCGCCUGCGCCCAACACGAGCAAGCCUAUCGCCAAAAUCUUGACUAUAGGCGCUGCAUUCCUUUCGUUAUUCACACCACCAACUACUUUGUCAAGUUUGGGGACUCCUGGUGCUUCACGUCCGAAGCUAUGAUGCAAAAGGAAUUCGCCAUUGUUGCCGAAGGGGAUCCGAACGCGCCGCGCGUGCCCGUAGUCUACCACGUCUUCCAACACGAGCAUCUGACGUACGCCAUUAUAGAAUUCGUCGAGACAGUUCAAGUCUCGGAGGACAUCUUCGUCCACAAGGUAGCCGCGGCCAUCCUCUGGCUGCGUCGCCCUGCCUGGCACAUAAUAUUCAAGAACAAGCAUGCGCCUCUGCUCUUUACGGGCGCUAUGGCCCUAGAACGCUUCUUGAAUAAGGCCGUCUCGAUGUUGCAGCGACGAGAGCCAGGCCUGGCAAAGAUCAGUAUCGCUGGCGAACCGUUGGUGCUCACCCAGUCCGAUAUGGACCAUAGCAAUUUUGCCGUCGAUGCCACGGGGCGACCGAUCAUCUUCGAUUUCGGCCAGAUAGGGUGGCUUCCAGAAUCUCUCGCCAACUUUACGCUGCUCGGGACUUCCAGCUUCGCCGCCGACGUUUCUGUGCACGUGUUCGGCGACGGCCUUGACUCCGUGGCGGCAUCGUCCAAUCUGGCUUCGAUGUGUGCAGUAAGAGUAUGUCUGGGUAUGGGAUCUAGAGCCAACCUUGGCCUAGACAAGGACGGCAACCCGGCAACGUAA